UUGAAGCAAGAGCAACCCUACCCUAGCCUUCAGCCCUUCCGUCGCCGUCUCUUCGCUUUUGGCAAACGAAACAGAGCGAGACGAAACAGAGGACACAGCCUCCUCGGCGCUUCAGCCCUUCACCUCGUGCCGUCGCCGCCAUCAUCGUCCUCGCCGCGCCGCCAUCAUCGUUCCACCAUCAACUUCGCUCUUCGCCUCGCUCUUCCCCUGUUACUCUGUUCCUCCUCUGGGUUCGAAGCUUCUGGAGAUUGGCGAUUUCACGAGCAACUCCUCUGGGUUCGAAGCUUCUGCCUUUGGUCACAUCCUAAAUCACUGUACAAAACAGAGAUGGAAUCCCAGUAUUUGAUCUCCCCCCAUCGACUUUGAUCCUGCUUUGGUGAGGAACUAGGUUAUGGUGAUUUUGGUUUGAGGUGCGCUGAAUUUGGCCUGGCUGUGUCUUAGUUGAUUUCUGAAGAAGUUUGAUUGAGUUUGGGGGAUCUGCAUUUCGGUUUGAGAGGAUGAUCGACAAGUUGGUAAUGCUUAAGUGUUGGGUUAAUGUGGUCUUAAUUAAUGGGAUAGAAUGUUGUAUACAUAGUUACCUGAGUGUGGUGGAUGAGGGUAGUGUUAGACGUCUUCUUCAAGGGCUGAUCAGGCAUCAGACCAAAGUGAAUGUGGGGGAAAUGAGCCCACUGUCCAAGUACAAAAACAAACCCACCACCACAGUAAAUUUUAUAUAUAUCUCUAAAGGAAACCCUAGCUAACCACUUGUUGACAAUUGGUGAGAAAUCAUGAACAGUGUUGGAUCCAUCUUACAUUCUUAGCAGCAGCACUAAAAGCUUCUCUGUGGCUUCCAUGUGUUUAUGCGAAAGGGGCAAGAACAAGUU